AUGGUUGGAUGCUUCAUGCGCAAGGCCCGGACAAGUGGCGCGUAUGCCUCAACAACAAUCUGCACGCCGUCACCUAUAGUAGAGGCGCAGUCCGGGCUAGAACGGGGCAACGGUCGUCGGAGCUUCGAGGUAGCUUACCAUGCCUUGACCCCCGUAGUUGCUGACGCCCCCCAAAUCUUCACCUUCGCCGACUUCGGAUUGGCGUCUUCCCACGGCUCUCCAGCUGUCAAGUCGCGCUUCCCUUGCCACCAUAUGGGGAAAUGGAGCAAGGAAGAGAUCAAUAUAGCCAAGGCCCACAUUCUUUGA